AUGCAGUUCCGCGCAUUGACGGGUGCACUGGUAGCUGCCGCUGUCGCUUCAGGCGCCUUUUACGCUUACAACGGCAACCAGUCCACCAACGUGACGUCGCCCGUAGACCAGGCCAGGAACCUCACCAACGGCACAAACAUCACCAACAGUGAGACCACACGGAAAGCGCUUGUAGUGGGCCCCGGCGAGCUCUACACAGGCACCAUCACGGGAUCUGGCCCGCUAGCAAAAGAGACGGACGACUACGGGAGGAAGGUGCUCGAGAUGCUCGACCCUGAACAAACGACGGCGAAGCUCCGCAAGAACGAGGAGUCGUGGCUGGUGGGACGUGGGCAGGGCGUGGUGCGGUACGAUGUCGUGCAGAUUCCCAGCAACGACCCAAUUGAAGACGACCACGCCGAGAAGAUCAUCGAGGUGCCAUCGAACAUGGCAGCCACAGAUGGCGCCAACGCAAGUGACUGGAUGUUCUGGGGAGUGUUUGACGGACACAGUGGCUGGGUUACUUCGGCCAAACUUCGCAACACGCUCAUCUCUUUCGUCGCACGUGAACUGAACACAACGUACAAGUCCGCCGUUGAGGACCCCUCGCUCCGCUUUCCCACGCCCGAAUCAAUCGAUGCUGCUAUCAAGACUGGUUUUGUUCGCCUGGAUAAUGAGAUUGUUCACGAGUCCGUCAAGAAGCUGAGGAAGGCGCAGUCAAAGGUUGCCGCUGCUGAGCUGCUUGCACCGGCCCUGUCUGGUUCAUGCGCGCUAUUGUCGUUUUACGACAGUCGAUCAAAACUACUACGUGUUGCAUGCACUGGCGAUUCCCGUGCCGUGCUUGGGCGAAUGGGUGCCAAUGGCAAAUGGACAGCUACCCCUCUAUCGGAAGAUCAGACCGGAGGCACCACCAGCGAAGCCGAACGCUUGCGGAGAGAGCACCCUGGAGAGCCUAAUGUGGUUAGAAAUGGUCGCAUCUUGGGUGGACUAGAGCCAUCGCGCGCUUUCGGCGAUGCAUCGUACAAGUGGUCAGCACAAAUUACCAAGGAGUUGAAGGAGUCGUACUUUGCCCGGUCGCAAUCAGCGCUACUGAAGACACCUCCAUAUGUCACCGCCGAGCCUAUAAUUACUACCACCAAGGUCGAGCCUGAGAAGGGUGACUUUGUCGUCAUGGCUACCGAUGGUCUCUGGGAAAUGCUUACCAACGAGGAAGUCGUUGGCCUUGUCGGACAAUGGCUCGAUGCGCAGGGCAACCCAGGUAGCCAAGGAUCGCAAACACAGUCUUGGUUGAAGAGUUGGUGGUCAAGCGAGAAGCAGUUGCCAGUGGAGCAGAAGACUGGCGAGGGCGGCAAAGGCCAGCGUGCACCAAUCCGUCAAGAGCAAUGGGGCACCAAGACCAGCAUGAACGAGAGGUUCGUUGUGGAAGACAAGAAUGCGGCGACACAUCUUGUACGCAAUGCACUAGGUGGUAAAGAUCAGGAUCAGCUGAGCGCGUUGCUCACCCUGCCGAGUCCAUUUUCAAGAAGAUACAGGGACGAUUUGACUGUUGAAGUCAUCUUCUUCGGCGAAGGAAGCGCGAACGGAAGUGUCACUUUGAACCAGGAGGCAAGCGCAGCAGCACCCGAGCCCAAGGCGAAGCUGUAA